AUUUAUUUAAUUAAAAUAUAAGUUUUCAGUCAAACAAUCUAUCAAUCAUCUUUAGGGAAAAUACCAGAGUGAUCAACUUUCUUCAUCUCUUCCUUGUUAUGAACUUAGAUCUCAUGGUUGCAGGACGCUAGCUAGAUGCUUGAGCACUCGAAAAUCAUUGAAAAAAAGUACUUGCCCAGUCAAAGACUAGAUUCCUUUAUCUAUUAAUGGUUGCACUCCACCAUGAGAAGCAAGUAUUCCAAGGAAACAACUUACAUAAGUGAUACUACGAGUUAUCGCUUUCCUGUUGAAAGUAGUCGAAUUUCUUUUGCAGCUUUGCAGGAAGCAACAAACAACUUUAAUAGCAACUCUUUAAUUGGAUUGGGUGGCUUUGGGACAGUUUACAGGGGUGUUUUGUGUGAUGGCACAAAAGUGGCAUUGAAAAGGUGUAAGCUUGAGUCCUCACAAGGUAUUGAAGAGUUCCAAACAGAAAUUGAGAUGCUCUCUCACUUCCGCCAUCCCUAUCUGGUUUCAUUGAUUGGAUAUUGUGAUGAAAAUAAUGUGACGAUUCUAAUAUUUAAGUAUAUGGAGAAUGGGAGCCUCAGUAGCCAUAUGUAUGGGUCAUAUCUACCGACUAUGACCUGGGAGCAGAGACUGGAGAUAUGCAUCGGGGCAGCCAGAGGUCUUCAUUACCUUCGUAAGAAUGCAGUUAUACAUCGUGAUGUCAAGUCUGCAAAUAUAUUGCUUGAUGAGAAUUUUGUUGCAAAAAUUACUGAUUUUGGAGUAUCCAAGACUAGGACUGAGCUUGAUCAAACCCAUGUAAGCACAGUCGUGAAAGGAACUUUGGGCUACCUUGACCCUGAAUAUGUUAUACGGGGAAAGCUGACAGAGAAAUCUGAUGUUUAUUCUUUCGGUGUUGUGUUAUUCGAAGUUCUUUGUGCUAGGCCUGCCAUAGGUCAUUAUAUUUCGAAGGGGAUGGUGACUUUAGCUGCAUGGGCAAUGGAUUCUCAUAAGAAGGGACAGUUGGAACAAAUCGUAGAUCCCAAUCUUGCAGCCAAAAUAAGACCAGAGUCCCUCAGUAAGUUUGGAGAAACAGCGGUGAAAUGCUUAGCUGAUUCUGGUGUAGAUAGGCCAUCUAUGGGUGAUGUGCUGUGGAAUCUCGAGUAUGCACUUCAUCUCCAAGAGCCUGUCAUUCAAGAUGAUCCUGAAGAAAACAAUACCAUUCUUAUUGGGGCAAAUCAAUGACACCGAUUCUUGUGCUGCUCAAAACAUCAAAUUCCACUUAGGUUCAUGAAUCAUAUGAAUAUUUAUUUUUUGUUUUUGUAACAAUUUAGUUACCAAGUUCUGAUUCUAUAUAGAAAGAAAAGAAAGCUAACUUUGAAAACAUGCAUUGCUCUAUUUUCAGUAAGUUGUUAGAAAACAAUUUCCAUUAUAUACUAUCAUGUCAGUGAAAGGAUUUUCAAAACAUGGAAAA